AUGGACGCAAUGCACCCCGACCCCGACCCGGCGCCCCUGCCAUCUCUCGCCGACCUGCGCGAGCAGGUUGCCCGCCUCGAAGCAACUCACCGUGAGCGAGGCCUCAACCUCUCAGGUCGCAUUAUCCACGUGUGUCACAACCUGCCCGUAGAGAUCGUGCGCGUCAUCCAGCCUGCGCACGAUGGGCAGAACGCGCUCGACGGCCUCGGUGGCCUCAGCUCUCCCAUCACACCAGAGUUUAAGCCCGAGGACACUACCACCUUUGAGAGCAAGAACGCCAAGUGGAAGAUUCACAGCCGUCGCGGACACACUGCCAUGGUCUCGGGCAUUAGAAGUCUGAGCUCGAGUCAUGAGCAGCUAGUCGUUGCUUGGAGCGGUGACGUACUUCUCCAGCCUGCGGAGCCAACGCCCACCCCGCCGUCGCGCCAAGACAGCGGGCCGAAGCUUUUGCUGGAGGACACGGUCGAAUUGCAUGCCAGAGCAGAGGACCCGCCACUCAUGGUCUUCAACGGCGAGUUUUCGAGUGCCGAGCAGCAGGAGAUCGAGAACGAGCUCCACCACUUCUCCGAGCUCGAGUCGGAGCAGGAACCAGAGGGCAAGCUCACCUACAUUCCUGUCUUUUUGCCCCCAGAUGUCAGCAAGGGCCACUACGAGGGCUACUGCAAGACAACCUUGUGGCCUCUUUUCCACUACCUCCUAUGGCUCGACUCAACGGCGACUGUGCCUUCUCCCGACCCGAGCUGGAUCGCGUACCAGAAGGCCAACGAGUUGUUUGCCCGCCGCGUUGCUCAGGUCUACCGGCCCGGCGACCUUAUCAUCGUUCACGACUAUCAUCUCCUUCUGACGCCCAAGCUCAUCCGCGACAAGCUCCACCUUGCUCUCGGCAUUAGCGGGCAUCUUUCGUCGGCGGCACCUUCGCCCGCCAUUGGCGCUUCCCUUCAGGCCCAGCAGCAGAGGGGAAUGGAUUGGGGCGUGCAGGGCCUCGUUGGUGCCGCGCUCAAAGCAGCUGUCAAGGGCGUACCGAAGCAGAUUGACAACCUCAAGCCUACGCCAGCGAACGGCAGCAGCAAUGGAUACAGUCACUCUGAGCCCCAUAAUGAGGUGAUGAUCGGCCUCUUCAUCCACACGCCGUGGCCAUCAUCAGAGAUCUUCCGGUGUUUGCCAAAACGCCGCGAGAUCCUCGAGGGAAUGCUCGGUGCCAACGCUGUACUGUUCCAGACGUACUCGUACUCGCGCCACUUUGUCUCUAGCUGCAUUCGUGUGUGCGGUUUCGAGUCUACGUCCGAUGGCGUCGACGUCAAUGGCCAGACUGUUGCGGUCAGCUACUGCCCCAUCGGUAUCGACAUCAAGAGAGUCGCCAGAGACUGCGAGUCACCUGCAGUCAUGCCCAAGGUCAAGGCGCUCCGCGAGUUGUACCACGACAAGAAGAUCAUCGUCGGUCGCGAGAAGCUCGAUGCGCCCAAGGGUGUGUACAACAAGCUCCAGGCGUUCGAGAAAUUCCUGCAGGUCUACCCGGAAUGGCGCAACAAGGUUGUUCUCAUCCAGGUGACUACCCCGGCCUUGUCCGAGUCCCCGACCCUUGAGCGCAAGGUCGCCGAGCUUGUCAGCCACAUAAACGGCGCGUACGGCAGCCUCAACUUCACCCCUGUCCACCACUACCACCAAGCCAUUGAGCGUGACGAGUACUUUGCCUUGCUCUCCGUCGCCGACCUCGCGCUCAUUACCUCGCUCCGCGACGGCAUGAACACGACUUCCAUGGAGUUUAUCCUUUGCCAGCAGAAGACGAACAAGUCUCCUUUGGUGCUCUCCGAGUUCAUGGGGACUAGCACUGCGUUCAGCGACGCGCUUACCAUCAACCCCCACGAUCUUCUGGGGGUGGCGGAUGCCAUCAACAAGGGUCUCUGCAUGCCAGAGGAGGAGAAGGAGCGCCGCUGUGAGGCCAUGUACAAGAGCGUGCUCGCGCACACAUCGCACACGUGGGCCGCGACUGUACUUAAGCUCCUCCUUGAGAACGUCGGAAGCGAACACACCGCGCAUCAGACGCCCGUCCUUGACCUUCAGGACAUGGUCCAGAAGUACAAAGGCGCGAAGAAGCGUCUGAUGCUGUUCGACUAUGACGGCACGCUUACGCCAAUUGUUAAGGUUCCGUCGCAUGCCAUUCCCACGGAGCGCACGCGUGCAGCCAUACGCGCACUCGCCGCCGACCCCAAGAACGUCGUGUACCUCAUCUCGGGUCGCGACGGCGACUUCCUUGAGGAGCACUGGGGAAUGGUGGACAACCUUGGCUUCUCGGCUGAGCAUGGCUCGUUCGUCAAGACGCCCGAGGAGGGCGAGUGGGUCAACAUGACCGAGGCGCUCGACAUGAGCUGGAUGAGCGAGGUCGAGGACAUCUUCCGGUACUACACUGAGCGUACGACUGGCUCGACGAUCGAGCUCAAGAAGGCGAGCAUCACGUGGCACUACCGCAAUGCCGACCCCGACUAUGGAGAGUUCCAGUGCAAGCAGGCGCUGGACCUGCUCGAGUCUUCGCUUGCGCCGAGACGGCCGAUCGAGGUGUUGGUGGGCAAGAAGAAUCUCGAAGUGCGCCCUCUGGCCGUGAACAAGGGCGAGAUCGUGCGCCGGCUCGUGUACGAAAACCCCGACGCCGACUUUAUCAUGUGCGCGGGCGACGACAAGACGGACGAGGACAUGUUCCGCUCGCUGCGCACCAUCUUCCCGCCGGGCGGGCCGCGCGAGGGCGAGCCUGUGCCGAUGAAGCCGCCUGUUGGCGUCACGGCCGCGCUCGAGCCGGAAGAGGCCGAGGAGCUCAGCGAGGUCAACCUCCAGAUCCGGCCGCCGGGCGUGUUCAGCAUCACGGUCGGCCCAAGCGCCAAGAAGACGCUCGCAGGAUGGCACGUCACGACGCCGGAGGAGGUCGUCGAGAGUGUCGAGGCGUUGCUGGCGUGA